AUGAGAGUGGAAGCUCCGUGUAACGUAAGAGAACUGAGGUCGUUCUUGGGUUCUGUAACUUACCUCAAGAGGCAUAUUCCACAGUUCGCGAGUAGAGUUGCUGGCAUGACUGACUUGCUCAAAAAGAAGACUGAGUUUGUUUGGAGUGAGGCACGAGAGGAGGAGUUCCAGGGUAUCAAGAAAUCGGUGGCCGAGUGUGUGUUGCUGGCCGCGCCGGCAGAUAUUGGAGAGUUCGUGCUAACGACGGACGCCAGUUAUCGGGCGAUAGGCGCCAUGCCAGAGCAGAGGCAGGUCCGAGGGUGUGUUCCGAUCGAGUUUGGUAGCAAGAAGUUGGACGAGUGUCAACAGCGGUGGGAUACACGAGAGAGGGAGUUGUAUGGGGUAAGGUUCUUCGUAGAGAGGUGGCAGGAUUACUUUUGCGCUGCGCCGUUUACCAUCACGACUGAUCACCAGAACCUGUUGUAUUUGGCUAACUCUACUAAAGGAAAGCUAGCAAGGUGGUCGUUGUUCCUACAACUGUUCGACUUUAAGAUAGAGUACCUGAAGGGCACCGAGAACGUGGUGGCUGACUGGUUGUCUAGAGCGAACUUACGAGAAGAUGUCGGGUAG